ACACAUCACUGCGACACCUGUCGCAGUGAUAUCCUGUUUAGUUCCGAAGUCUUUACUCCUAUGUCCAUAUUCCAAAAUUUAACCUUAAUGAGCAUCCCGGCAUCCUAAGGGAAAAAAAACAAAACAUGGCGGACCCUAUUGCAUCACAACAACGCAAAGUUGGACGUUUUGUCCAGAAGGUUUAGUACUGCUCCAUCAUAAGGAUUUCAUAUUUAUUGAAUUCACUUUGAAAGGCGAUUUUUUUUGGCAAAGUCACGAAGGUGGAAUCGAUCUUGGCGAGAUGGCUAAAUGUAUGGAAGUUCUUAACGAAGCUGUUCUCCAAGAACAACUGGAAGAAGUCACGGUUCUUCAGUCGAUCUUUCAAGGAGAUCUCCAAAUGCUCCGUGAAGGAGGUGAAGAGGGUAGCAUUUGCUUUAACCUGAUGGUCAGAGUCGACAUCCCAUGCGAUAAAAUUGACUGUGAAGCUUUUAUUCCAAUAGCUGUCGGGGAACGUUCUGCGAGAGCCUGCAGCAGUGAAACUAACUCGGAUAUUGAGUCCGGAUGCCAUGGCGAGAAUAACCAAGAAAGUAAAGCUAUGGGAAAAAGUGGAAGUAACAUAGAAACUCAACUCAACGGAUCGGAAGUGAGUGCGGUGGAUGGGGAUGGCGGGAGGCCAAGGGAGGACUCGUCUUCCACUACGUAUAGCAGCACUGCUUUUGUUGGACGAAAACCUGGUUUUUCGAGGUCCUUGUCUCUUCAACACUGGCGUGUGACCGCUGAUCUUCAACACCUUACCCCGAUAUGUCUAACGUGUACAUUUCCUCGGCUGUACCCCGCAGAACGCCCACCCGAGGUUUCCCUGAGUUGCCUGUGGCUCAGCAAAGAUCAGAUCCAAGUUCUGCGAGAUAAGUUGAUUAAUCUGUGGACAGAAACGCCAAAUAUGCCGAUCGUCUUCACCUGGGCAGACUGGUUGCAGAAUUAUGCAUAUCAACAUCUGGGUUUGGGACCACACUUGGUGUUAAAGGUGGAUGAAAGGGCAGUGAUAGAAUCAGAGUUUCAGUCACACAUGGAUGCUGCUGAAAAUGGUUAUAAAGAUGACGAGUUAAUGGAAAAAGUGAGGAUUGGUACUAACUUGCAAACUGCAUUGUUAACAAUCUUUGAAUAUGACCUUGAAAUGCAAAAGCAGGAGUUCCGACAAACGCCCCACUCCUGCAAAAUUUGCUUUGAUGAAAGAGAUGGCACAGAAUUCCACUAUCUAGAUGAAUGCCAGCACUUCUUCUGCAGUGAAUGUUUGAAAGCACAUUGUGAAUUACAUGUUGAAAGUGGAACAGUGCUCAACCUGUUGUGUCCAAACCAUGAUUGCAAGUCAAAGAUUCCACCAGAGAUUCUUCAAGAAGUCCUUGAUGCAGAUAAGCUUGAACGAUGGGAGAGGCUGUUACUUACCAAAACCUUAGACAUCAUGGGAGAUGUUGUGUACUGCCCACGAUGUAAUCUGGCAGUGGUUAUUGAUGACGAUGAAACCUCCAGACUCGCCCAUUGUGCAAAUUGCUACUUUGCAUUUUGCACUGACUGCCACAAACAGUGGCACCCCACAGAACUAUGUUUUGAAGAGUUGUCAGACUCUGAGGAUGAGGAAACAUCAAAGAAGAAGGGCAAAAAAAAGAAGGAAAAGAAAAAGCCAGAGACAGAGGAUGCAGCUCUGAAGAGACAACGCAGACAACAAGAGCAACACAAAAGGGAAAUGAGUAAUGUAUCUUUCAUUCGCAUGAUGAAAUUAAAAGGGACUUAUCAGUACUGUCCAAAGUGUCGCAUGGCUGUGGAGAGGGUCUCUGGCUGUGACAUGAUGCAUUGUUCACAAUGUGGUGCUAGCUUCUGCUGGAGAUGUGGAAAGGCAAUCAGGGGCUAUGAACAUUUUGGAAACUGCGGCAGAGAUGCUCCACAUCCUUACCCACCACCCAGAGAACCACCAGAAGGAGAGGUAAUGAUAGAACGUUACUUAAAAGAGAAUCCUAAGAAAAAGCUUCGGACUAAAUUGUGUCCCCGCUGUCAUCAGAAGUGUCUUAAAGAAAACAACAACAAUAACCAUCUUAAAUGCUGGGCUUGCAAAACAGAUUUUUGUUAUCAAUGUGGGAAGGAAAUUAAGGUGACAGUAACCAUGCAUUUUACAGCAGCUAGUUCAUGCACACAGCAUUCUGAGGAUUAGAGGAUUUUCAUUCCAUUAACUAGAAUGUAAUCAUGAUUUUCUAAUUUAUGAAAUAAUGCAUGAAGCUGUUGUGAAGUCUAGGUUUGCAAAGAUUAAGGAAUAGUAUUCAUGGAUUGCAUACAUGUGUGUGAUAUGAACAUUAUGAUAUGAUUAAAAUGUUUCACCACUUGUGUGUGAGUUCAAUUUUUUAUAGAUGCCUUUAACUUAAUAAGCAAUAGACCACACUGUUUACCAGAAUAAUAAUCCAACGGGGGUGUUAGGAGAACAUGAGAAAAGUUUAUAAAUCAUGAGCCAGAGGCUAGUAAGGUAGAGUUUGAUGGUCAGGAUGGCAAGUGUGGUUUCUUGCUUUCAUAAAUUAGAUAAACCUAAAAAGAAGCACAGAAUGUUCAGUCAAUUUUAUAGGGUUGUGACAAAUCAGGGCACUGUUAGUUUCUCAGUUAUUUUGUAAAUUUUAGUAGUCAAUAAGCCUUCAGAGCAGGAGGCAUAUCUGGUAUAGUGUAGAUCUUUAGCAAAAUUUACAAGCCUAGGAUCAUUUAAUCGAAAACUGUCAUGUUUCAUUAAGGGGUUAGGACACUCAUAUUUUAUUAAUUCCCAGAAGGAUAGAGGCUGUAGAAGAGUGUCAGUUAGGUUGUAUUCAAUUAUUUGUAGCUUAUACUGGUUAGGCCCUAAAAAGGAAGGCACUGAACUUAAAGUAAUCCAGGUGUUUGAAGCCUGGUGGUGAAAUUGUUUUGUUUUGUUUUUUUCUAUUUUUGUACAGUUAUGUAAUAUAUUUUUUUAUGAUUGAGUUAUAUUUUUCAAUUAUUUUCCAGUCCAGCCCUCCCACCUAGGCAAUAACAGGGCUUGACACACUAACAGUAGCCAACUAGCCACAGACUAGUAGAAAUUCUAUUUCCACUAACCAGUUUGGCUAGUAAACAAACUGAAAUUGUCGUAACAUUUAGGAUAUCACUGUCAAGCUCUGAAUAAUAAGUACGUAAUUCUAUGGAUAGCACAGUGUGUUUUGACCACAUUCAUCCAUUGGAUAGCAAUCUAUCCAUUAGAUUUGUGUUAUCCACCCUUUGCGCAAAUGAGCCAUGGCUUAAUCCCAGUGACUUAAAUGCUUCAUACUAGGCAACAAGUACACUGUAUAAUACACAUUAUUUAUCAACUUGGCUUUGCUAUGAGGGCCUAAAUUUUGAAGAAAUAGUAUUUUGUGUGGUGAAACACCAAAAUGCAUGUAAUGCUAGCCUGGUAAUUAUUUAAUUGAACAUAUUUAUAUCUUUUAAAUUUAUUUUAAGACACUUUUUCAUUUAAACAAGCUCUCACUCAUAUGUGAUAUGUGUGUAAAUAAACUUGGUUCUGUA